AUGCUGCCGCCACACCGUCUUGGGCUCCCUUCCCGUCUCGAGUGCCUGCUGCAGGCUGUGCACCCCACAGCUGCUUGCCAGCUGAUGCCACCUGCCUUUCUGGACUCGGCAGCAGAGGCCUGGCGCCAGCAGCUGGGACCCUAUGCACACGUGGCCCACGAAGCCUGCUGGGCCGCGCAGGCGCUGCUUCAGCACUCCACUGCCUUCAGCCUGAGGUCCUCUGGCCGCCUGCUCUCUGUGACCCUGAAGCCCGUGGAGGUGCACCCACCAGCUUGGCAUGAGGGGACCUACGGCCGUGCCGUGGGAGGACGGGUCAGUUUGCAUCUGAAGAACGGAGAAGAAGAUGAGGGGCACAGGCAGCUGGAAGCCAAUUUGCUGCUGGUCCCCUGCCCCAGGCGCUGCGGGCAGCACUUGGUCAUUCAGGGGGGGCUGCGCUCCUUGCCUCUUUGCGCGGAGAUGGGCUCCAACUGCAUCCUUGUGGCAGAGGACUCAAAGACCAAGUGCCUGGUGCGGCCCCCCGCCUGGAUGCAGCAGGAGCUGCCAGUGCAGGCCGUGAGGAUGACCCCUGCCCUCUUGAGGUCGCACCCCACGAGCUGCACCCUGGAGCUCCCGGUGCAGGGAGGAGGGAAGAAGAGCCAGUUCGGGCUGCUGUCCGUGCUCCAGGCUCUGCUGGCGUUGCCCAGCGACACGCGCUGCGCGGAGUGGUUCGAGACGGAGCUCAUCGCCUGCUGGCGCUUCCAGCUCUCCCUGCAGGAGGCCAGCAUGCAGGACUGUGCAUGGGAGAUGGCCACGUGCCUGAGCCAGCAG